CACACAUGCGCCAUGUCAGUCAACAACAGUUUGCGCGCGCACGCAUAACAACGUUGUAUUUUUUACUUUAUCCGCCGGUAUCUACACACCGACCGACAGUAUUGAUCGGGUCUCCGCCGCGAAACGGCGCCUCGAAAAUGCGAUACGAAUAUUUCCGCGCUUAAGCUGUGUGUGCACCGGAAUCCCUCGCCCAUACGACCAUAGGGAGGCUCGAAAUGGACAAGUGAAUUGAAGGAUACAGCUACCUCCAUACGUUAGACGAAAUGUCGAAGAUUCCCAUCGAUAAAAAUGGCAAGUUAAGGACUUUAGAAUUCAGAGGAAUUUAUUCCAACAAUCUUCCCAAACUAAAAACAAUAGAGGCCAUGAAUUCUGUAGAAGCUAUACGAUCCACGAGUUUAGUCGAAAAGUCGAAAAAUACUGAUACGAAAGCGAAAAAUGAUAUAAAAGAUCAAAAUUUAUUUUGCAAAUCUUAUGCCUCCUUAAUACCAAAAAUGAGUUUGAAUUUGGAAAAAGUGGUGGAGCAAAACCCGAGAAUUCUAGAUCUACGCGAAAAAUUAAACGAAAUAACAAGAAAACAAGAUAGUAACGUAGAUAAAAAGACCAAAGGAUUAUUAAACGAUAUAUUUGUUGACAAAAAAGACGAAGACGAAUCUGGACCAUACAGCCUGUUGUUUGAUCUUCAAGCAGACCCUUGCACUUCUUUUGCAGACUCAGGAGUAAGCGUUUGGAACAGAUCCAAAGUUGAUGGAAUUGAGUCAAGCAUACCCCACCUAAACAAGACUUCGAAUUCCAUUAUAAGCGCAGACAGGUUACCUAACGUCAUAAAUUUUGACGAUAAGCCAAUGAAAGAAUUUGAGUAUUCUUGCGAAAAUGAAUUUAACUUUCCCCUAAAAAAGACAUUUAAUACACAUUCCAGGUCUGAUCUCUGUUUACAGUUAAAUUCGCAUUUAUACACUCGUAAUAAUUUCGAGACGAACACAAGUCCCAAUGACAACUCCCUUAGUAAGACUAAUGAAGAGAAUUCAUUAGAUGAUAGUUUAGGAAUAUUGACUCCGGAUCAAAUGGAUGACAUUUGUUACUUGGAAAAUGCAUUUUCUCCAACAGUGGAGGGAUUACCAAUUUUCUGUGAUAUCAAUCAGUCUAAAAUGUCUCCGGACAAUGGCGAUACCCCAUCAACUGAUAAGACUGAAAGUAACUCUGCGGCAUCGACAAUACAAAAUGAGAGAUUUGAAAAUGCGGACAAUAAUAAAAAACGUACCAGUGAAGGUACUUUAGCUCCCAUUGUCAGUUUGGAUACCAUUAUUCACACCGGAGAGGGGGAUGUAUUUCCUAAUUUUGCAAACACUCCAAUUGAAACAGUUUGUUCUCAAGAUCUUAAGAGAAGCAAUACGAGGGCGCUUACAUUACCUUUAAAGGGAAGCAUAAUAGAAAACGAGGAGUGUGUUUCAAAUUUGGUUGAAGACGAAUUUAUGCCCUCAAUUCACAGUAGCAUCUUGGAGCCAGUUAGUUCUAUUGCAGAAAAUAUUGGAAAUUUAGAAAUAGCACUGGACUGCAAACAUGAGAAUAUUUUACUGACAAAUAGAAUCGAGCAAACACCAUCUCCAGAAGAUCUGCCUCUUGAUAGUUCUGAUAUGAAUGGUGAAAUUAGCACUUACUCACAAUUUUCAUCAUCAACAGUACACGAUUCGCAGACUUUUUCAGAUAGUAAAAAUGACUAUCCUAAGUCCAUGGAGACAUCGAAAGUGUCUAAUAGCUUUAUCACUAGUAUUACCAGCAUUACAAGUUUAGAUGGCUACCAAGGUGAUGGAGAAAUGUCAAGGCCAGUGAGUAGAGGAGCAGACCAUUCAAUUGGAAAUCGGGAAGAUGCAAUAGAAAUGGACUGGCAAAAUGUUCCCGUGGCUAGAAGAGCAGAUCCCAUGACUGACUCCGAUUUCUUCACGGAGAGUGAUGCUGAUGGUUUAGAAGAUCAUAUUCAAAGAGGAGAUCGAAGAGCUCAAGUCAUUGAUGGAGCACUUUAUGGUGGAAAGAAUGGAAAUGGAAAUCUUCCUCUAAUUGUCAACAGAAAUGAUGAUUCUUGUAUGGAGUCUAGCGGUGUGUAUACUGAUUUUGAGAACCAUCGAACUUCCCCGGUAUUUUUAAACGUUAUUGAUGAUAUGUCUCCCGAGGGAUCUACGCCUUCCAUACGCUCAGAAUGUAGUCAGAAGAACAUGAAUGUUGGAAAUCCAUAUUUUUCACCAUUGCAAGAUACUCUCACAGAACCAAAAUCAGAUGCGUCAUAUAUCAUAGAUGAUGACGAAACUCCGAAAAAUACUAGUAAAAGAAAUUCAAUUAAUAGCGAGAAAGAAGUGAAGUCUAACGAGAAAGUUAAAGAAGAAAAACGAAGUUUCACUUUGAAAAAGUAUAAAAUGCCUAAGCGUGACGUGCCAAGUAAAUUGAAAAGUAUGUUGGCUAGUAGAAAAACUGAAACAGAUAACAGCGUUCAAAGUAGUCCCAAGGCUGUUAAGAAGAUUGAUAGGCGAGAAAACUUAUCAAAGAAAAAUUCUAUGGAUAACAAAACAGAUUAUAAAAUAAAAUCAUUUAAAGACGUCAAAUCCAAAGUGGAUUGCUCUUUCACUUUGCAGCGAUCCCAAACAUCAUGCAGUGUAACUAGAAUGUUGAGUUCUAAAUCAACGAACUCAAACGUGAAACCAAAAGGCCGUCAUAUGCGUAUGCGCAUGGAGCUGGGUUCUGCCAACGUAAGCGGUAAAAGCAGCCUUCACAGCUCCCAAAGCGACAUCAGCGCCACCAGCACACCUACUGGGAAACACGCGACUGGCCGCUUCCCUCUACUAAGGAACGGCAAGAAGCGGGACAGCGUAGCAACCCCGACGACCCCCGCCCGCCCACCGGCCACCCCGCCCCAACCGCCGCCGAUACAGGCCAAGAAGAAUGGAGUGGUGCAGAAACUGUCGUCGUCACCGGUUACGGUGCGCGCGCGCAACUCCGUCGCCCCACCGCACUCGCCGCGCAAGCCUCCUGCACACCGAGUGCCUGCGCAGAGACCCACCACCCUUACUACCAAUAAAGAGCCGCCACGAGUGACAGCGGCGGUGGGGCCGCGCGGCAAGCGUGUGCAGACGCCGCAGCCGGCGCGCACGCCGCCGGUGUCGCUCGCCACCGCGCCCGCGCCGCCCGCACCGCACGCGCCAGCAGCGCCCCUCGCGCCGCCACGUGAGCAAGCCGACGCGCUUGCACACGCUGCUAAAGGCGUUGAAGCUUUGGGCGUAUUAGUCCAGUACUUGGUGUUCCGAUUGGAUGCGUUGAAUGGCGGCAACUGGCGAUUAGAGGCAGAAAAAUGGCGCGGCGUGGCCGCAGCCGAGCGCAGCAGCGCCGCGCGCGCCGACAGAGAUCGCCAGCAGCGCGCGCAAAAAGACCUCGAUACCAUCGCCGAAUGCCUGAGCAAGAUCUCAGAGCUGGAGAUGGAGGUAUCGUCGAAAGAAGAAGCGAACGCGCGCCUCCAGGCCUCGCACAUUGAGGAGGUAGCGGCGCUCGCUAACGACAUCAAGGGACUCAAGGAUACAAUCGAAUCUUUGAAGCACGAAGUCGCUGAAAGUAGAGCCCGACUUCACGCGCACAGCGAAAUCGAGCGCACUUUGCGCGCGCAGCUCGAGGCGGCGCGAGCGGAGCUCGAGCGCGAGGCGCAGUCGCACGACACGUCCACGGACUCCUCCACCGACUCAUCGUACAAGUCGGGCAACACGUGCGACGCCGCUUGCGACCCGGUCUGCUGCGAGGCUGAGGACUGCGAGUUGCGAUUAUCUGCCAACGAGGAAUUGAGCACCGAUGCCAAUGAAUUGGCAGCUGAGGUACGGUCUCUGCGCGCAGUGAUAGAGUUAAAGCAAGCAGAGAUGGUGUCGCUCCGCGAAGCUCGCGCGGAAUUGUCUGCGGAGCGGGAGCGGCGCGCCACGGCCGAACGGGAGGCGCGCGCGGCGCGGCACGCCGCCGAGGAGCUGCGCGAGCGCGCCGCCGCCCGCCAGCGCGACGUCGACCGGCUGCGAGAUGACAACCGCCGGCUGCGCGAUGCCGCCGCGCGCGACCGCGACCACGCCUCCCGUCUCGCCGCACUCAACGAGGAGCUGCGAUACAAACUCAGGCAGAAGUCGCAGGUGGUAUCUCUACUUGCGGGUGGAGCGUAUGUAGAGCGGGCCGGAGUGCGCGCGCGCACGUCUUCGGCGGAGUCGGUGCGGUCGACAUCACCUGCACCCGACUCGCCCCCGUCCCCCGCCGCUUCCCCAGCGCCUGACUCGCCGCCGCUGCCUGCCGUCAAAGCCGUCGUCGAAAAACACGACUCCGUCAGUUGGGUGCUUGAGAUUGAAGAAACACCCGAGGAAGUUGCAUCCAGACUGGCGCGGCGGUCGUCGUUCCGCGCGGCGGCGUCGCCGAGCGGCGUGAAGCGUCGCGGCGGCGGGUCGCCGGGCAGCGCGUCGCCGGCGCCCGCCUCGCCGGCGCCGAACGCCUCGAAGCUGUUCCGGCCGGGCGAGCUCGACUUCCCCCCGCCGCCGCCGCCGCUCAAGGAGUCCGCGGGGGAGGCCAUCUACAUAUACGACGACCGCCCCUACUGAACCACCGGAGUCCAGUGGUUGCCACUGACGACCGGAUUCCGAACUGCUGAGCGACGCUAGUCUACUCAAAAAUCGAGGUCGACACACGUCGACCGUACUCGGAGGAUGAGGGAAGGAAUGAUUCUUGCCGGAUAAUUUUGCAAUCGGAAUCGUAUUAAGAAAAACGUGGGACCUACCAGUAUCGAUAUUAAGUGAAUGUCCGUGAAGGUGGAUUCAAUUAUGUUUUCGAUUGAAACGCGUAUCGUUUUCGAUAGUUAGGUUCUAUAAUCGCCACUGAAGGUGAUUAUGGCAUGCGCUUGAGGAUGGUUCAGUGACGUGUGCAUUGUGUUGUGCGCUCUCAUUCAGAUUUUAGCUUGAAGUGAUAUGUAUGUAUGUUUAUGCUCGUUAUUGAUAUUACAAUCGAUACCUUAAAUAUCUCAUAGUUGAUAAUAAACCUAGACGCAAGGACUAAUCAUUAUCUUAUUUUAUUUCCAUCAACUCGCAUUUGUACUGUAGUUUGGCGAUUGAUAAGUAAUAAAAUAAAAUAAAGGUCGUAGCUCUGAACUCGUUUUAAUUGUAAGAAUCUGCUUUUCCCAAAACUUCUGGCCUUGAUAUAUUUACUUAAUCAAAUUAGGCUGCGUUUGAAGGAAAGUGUCUAUGUACCUGUGUCUUACGCCACUAAAUAAAAGUUCUGUUUUUUAAUCUGUUCAAUUUUAUCGUUCUCUUGUUUGCUCUUGACUUCUCCGUUUUCGUUUUCAGUGUUUUUACCUAUAUUAUUGUUCAAUUGUAUUCUUUGAGGCCCUUUUAUACCCCAGCUCCUUUUCCUUUUAUUUACUGGCGUAAUAAUUAUUGUUUUGAAUGUCUAUUAGUGAAACGCUUGUCACACCAUUAUGUCCUGUUUAGGAUGGUUAGUUUUUAGCAGGUUGUUGUAAUGAUAAUUAUAUAUUACUUAGCAAUUGAUGCAUCGUAAGUAUUUAUAUUGUUUUGUAUUGAUUAAUUCAUAUUUUAACUUAAUUAUUAUAGUUUAUGGCGGUUGUUGGCACUGAAUUAUUUUGUACAAAUAACGAUUUUAAUGAUGGAAAAAUUAACUUAGCGCUUAAGUGAAAUGCAACAAUGUCAGUAUGUUAAGACAUUACUCUAUACUUAUUAUGUUAUCAACUGUUUGGGUUGAUGCCGUUAUAUUAGGGUUGAUGAAAGCUUUUACAAUUAUGUUUUUUCUUCAGAUUCAAUUUACACGCUUUUAUAUUUUUAACGGAUUGUAUUCUUGUAAAAGAAACAUCUCGGCAAACCAAAGAGUCCUGUUCAUCUAACUCUUUGACAAGUUCCUCAAUUAUUUUCGCAACAAUUUUGCAUGUUGGAAACACAUCAAGUCACAUAACAUGAUUAUUAUUUAUUUUUAAGAUAACGCUAUACACAAUACCAUUCCAAAUUAAGAAUUGUAAGCAAAAAUAAUUAUACGUGAUUACGAAGGAUAUUAAUUUAAAAAAUAAAAUAGUAUGUUAAAUUA